AUGCAUUCUUUAUCACAUUUUAAAAAUAAUAUUUAUGAAUAUUUAGAAGCCUUACCAACAAACACUUUAGAUAGCUUGUACAGAGAACCUGCUACAUGUUUAGCUAUUUUCAGGCUUUUACCACCAUUAGCAAGACAUUUUGUGAUGACAUUAUUAUUUAUACCACCAACUGAAUUAAGUAUUACAAAGGAUGAUUUAAAACUAAUGGUUAAAAAUCAAGAGGAAGCAAUACUCAGAUUUGAGGAAGCAUUAGAAAAAUUGUCAAAAUUACAUAUAUUAAUAGAAAAAGAUGGAAGAAUGAUAAUGAAUCCUCAAUUUCAAACAAGUCAUCAAAACUGUUUAACUGGAGGAGGAGAUCAUCAGAGUUUUGGUACACCAUCUUCAACACAUGGAAGAUAUAUACCAAAUAAUAUAGUAGCAUUUUUAGAUAAUUAUGCUAUGAAACAAUGGGAAGAAAUAUUACAUUUCAUGGUUGGUACAGAAAAUCGGAAUGAGCCAAGUAAAGGUGUUUUAAAUAUAUUAAUCAGAUCACAAUUAAUGAAAGAGCACAAAGGAGAAUAUGAAAUUACCAAUAAAGGAUUUCAAUUUUUAUUACAAGAUGUCAAUACACAAGUUUGGGCAUUUUUAUUACAAUAUUUAGAAUUAGCUGAUCAAAAAACCUCUUCAAGAUAUUAUCCAACAAGAUUGGCUACAACUUUAACAUCGGGAAAUUCAGCUAUUGGAUCCACUAGUUUAGUUGGUGGAUCGUCGUCAUCAUCAUCGUCAUAUGUUACUACUGGUGGAAAUGAAAGCGGAGUUAAUGAUCAAGGAUUCAUCAUUAUUGAAACCAAUUAUAAAUUAUAUGCUUAUACUGAAUCAUUAUUACAGAUUUCAGUUAUAAAAUUAUUUUGUGAAUUGCAAAGUAGAUUUGCAAAUAUGGUAUAUGCUAAUAUAACAAGAGAUAGUAUUAGAUCAGCUUUAAGGCACGGAAUCACUGCUAAUCAAAUAAUAUCGUAUCUAACAAGUCACGCACAUCCACAAAUGAAAAAACAAAUGCCGUUACUACCACCUACAGUUGUAGAUCAAGUUAGAUUAUGGGAGAUAGAACGUAAUAGAUUGUCUAUUGAUGACGGAUAUUUGUAUAAUGAUUUUAGAACUCAAGCAGACUUUGAUAUGCUUUUAAAAUACUGCAGGAAGCUAAAUAUAGUGCUAUGGCAUAGUGAACAAAAGCGUAUGUUCUGUGUAACAGAGAAAGGUCAUGAAUAUGCAAAAAAAUUUAUAAAUAAAAGAAUUGCUCAAAGAAAAGCCGAUGUUGGUAGCGGUAGUUAA